ACAAAGGCUUUGAGCUCAGGACGCCCCUCUCUCUCCCUCACUCUGCCUACAAAGCCAACCUGGCUCUACCCUUUCUGCCUCGCUAUCAUGGAAAUGUUUGUUAAUAGGCGGCGUUAAGAGUGCUGGUUUUAUUUUUCACUUUCUCAUUCUGACAUGUACGACCGUCUGGAUCCCCGCUCGGCCGAGAGAGGACGGCUUUUAGUAGGUAUAAUACAAGGAAGCGUCGUCUGAGAGAGGGAGAGAGAGGGGGAAGGAUUGACGCUUUUUCCUCCUCUCCUCCUCCUCCUCCUUCUUCCUUUCGCCCCCCUCUCCUCCUCUUUUUGGCGGAGAGAGGAGUUCAGGCAGGAAUAAACGCUCUUUUUUUUGUUUUUUUUCUGUUUUUUUUCUAAAUGCAUUUGAACCCUACUGCGCAACCAGACCGGAUCACGUGGGGCUGGAGAGAGUUGGAUCGAUUUUGCACAGUUCAACGUGAGAAAAAGAGAGAAACAAACAACUCCUAUUUCUUUUUUCCACUUCUCUGGAUAACUGGGACUGUUGAUACUUUUGCAUAAUUGCAAGAGAAAGGGGAGUGGGUUCUUGUUUUCUUUCUCAGCCUUGGAGGUGUGGAGUAUUAUUUCUUAUAUGCCUGGGGUUUGAAAAACAAUGGAGACGCACAUUUCGUGCCUCUUCCCGGAAAUUUUGGCCAUGAUUUUCAGCUAUCUGGACGUGAGGGACAAAGGCAGGGUAGCCCAAGUGUGCAUCGCUUGGAGGGACGCAUCCUACCACAAGUCAGUGUGGAGGGGGGUGGAGGCCAAGCUGCACCUCCGCCGGGCCAAUCCCUCUCUGUUCCCCAGCCUCCAGGCCAGGGGCAUCCGGAGGGUCCAGAUCCUGUCCCUGCGCCGCAGCCUGAGCUAUGUGAUCCAGGGGAUGCCCAACAUCGAGUCCCUCAAUCUGUCCGGCUGCUACAACCUCACGGAUAACGGGCUGGGUCAUGCGUUUGUGCAGGAGAUCCCAUCACUGAGGGUGCUGAACCUGAGUCUGUGCAAGCAGAUCACAGACUCCAGCCUGGGCAGGAUAGCUCAGUACCUGAAGAACCUGGAGGUGCUGGAGCUCGGAGGCUGCAGCAACAUCACCAACACUGGGCUUCUGUUGAUAGCCUGGGGCCUCCACAGGCUCAAGAGCCUCAACCUGAGGUCCUGCAGGCAUGUCUCGGACGUGGGGAUUGGACAUUUGGCGGGCAUGACCCGCAGCGCGGCGGAGGGCUGCCUGAACCUGGAGUACCUGACCCUCCAGGACUGUCAGAAACUGACGGACCUGUCACUCAAACACAUUUCCAAGGGGCUGACCAAGCUCCGGGUACUGAACCUGAGCUUCUGCGGGGGGAUCUCAGACGCAGGCAUGAUCCAUCUCUCCCACAUGGCCUCCCUGUGGAGCCUCAACCUACGCUCCUGUGACAACAUCAGCGACACAGGGACCAUGCACCUCGCCAUGGGCACCCUGAGGCUCUCCGGGCUUGAUGUGUCCUUCUGCGACAAGAUCGGGGACCAGACCCUGGCGUACAUCGCCCAGGGGCUGUACCAGCUCAAGUCCCUGUCCCUGUGCUCGUGCCACAUCUCCGACGACGGGAUAAACCGGAUGGUGAGGCAGAUGCACGAGCUGAGGACCCUGAACAUUGGACAGUGCGUGCGCAUCACGGACAAAGGACUGGAGCUGAUAGCCGACCACCUGACCCAGCUGGCGGGCAUCGACCUGUAUGGAUGUACCAAGAUCACCAAGAGGGGACUGGAGAGGAUCACACAGCUCCCCUGCCUUAAAGUGUUGAACCUGGGACUCUGGCAGAUGACAGAGAGUGAGAAAGUGAGGUGAUUGGAGAUGUUCUGUUUUGUUUGUGCGUUUUGUUGCCGGAUGGGGACAGAGGGGGACAUGUGGAGCAGGAGGAGGGGGAACAGACGGGCGGUGAAUUUCUUUUCUUAUUUAAAAAAAAAGAGAGAAAACCUCCUUUUCCCUCCUGUGUGGUUGUGUAAGGUGUGCUUCUCCCAUGUGACCAGAAUUUUCUGUUCAGACGUUUUAUUUUCCUCUCUCUGUUGGCCUUGCAGGAUCUCAAUUAGUGUUUGAUAUGACUUAAUAUUCUGCCUGGUAGGAAGCAAUUAAAACUUACUUUUGCUGUGAGCUCACGAUAACAAUUGUUUUGAUCUCAUAUUGAGUUUUUAAUAUCUCACAUGUUCUGACAUGAGACUGGAAUAACGUGCAAAUCAGCUUCAUUUUUUUUUGUGUCAUUUGAAUGAUUCGCUUCCAGAGUAUUCUCAAAGUUGCAUCCAAGUGAGGUUUAAAACUUUUUUGUUUUUUUUGUUUUUGUUUUCACAGUGAGUCUGGAUUUGAGACAUUUUACGACUAAUCUCCGCUACAGCCAUCACGCCUAAAAAACAUUUGGCUACCUCGUAUGUGGUUGUUUUCAAAGGGUGUAUACUGUUAUAAAACACAAAAAAGAAAACACAGAAGGAAAGCGAGAAUGAGAGACUGGGAGAAAAUGUGCCUAAAGGGACUGUGUCUGCCCCCUCCCCCCAUCCCUCCCUUCCCUCCCUCCUUCCCUCCCUCCAUGAGCAGAGCUGGAGAAAGGAGACCAGGACACAAUCUAACUACCUUUUGUUAAUUUACCCCCAUAAACAGCAACAAUUUCCACCACAGAGAGACAGAGGGGGAGAGAAAGCCAGCUGUAAAAGCUGUCCAGAUUUCAACGACGACGCUUUAUGCAACAAAAACAAACCCGCUUGUGUGCAAGAGCUUUUUAUUUUAACAUUUUCGUUGUUAUUUUAAAGGAAAAAGUUCAACUUAAGCACCCUUUAGAAAUGUGUUCAAGCUUUGACCAAUAUAAGGAGACAACAUACCCUUAGCAGAAACACCCAGUCAUCCUAUAAUGAGUCAGUAGAGAUAUUAUAGUGCUGUAAUGCAAGGUAACACAUUAAAAGGCCAUUAUUAAACACAAUAUUCAUCCAGUAUGAAGUAAGUAUGUUACAGUGGCAUGUGGUGUUUCUUCUAAGGGAUGCUAAAUGUCAGUGGAUGUUGUUCAGAGCGUCGUACUUCAAAUUGAAGUGAUUUCUAUAUCUCAUACCCGUCAUUGAUCCAAGCGAAUCAGGGUUUGUCUCAUGGCUUUAUUUUCCCACGUUAAUGCCAACACAGGUCGCAUUCAUAUUCAUGUUGCUCUCACCGGUGAGAUAGAGAGAAGGAAGGAGGAAGGGAGGGAGGGAGGGAGAGAAAGAGAGGAGGAGGUGGAGGGUAGGGAUAUCUUUUUUUCCUCCUCUUUUUCUCCAUCUCUCCCCGAAUAAAAAUACCCCGAAUCCAUUUUGAGACAUGCUUAGAAUAAGGAGCAAUCGAUUAUUUUUCUUUCUCUUUCUCUCCCCGUCUCGGGUUUCAAGUGGAAUGCGUCUCUUUCUCUCUCUCCCCCCCUCGCCUCCCCAUCUCUCUCUCUCUGUUCCUGUCACACACACACACACACAUUAACACACAUGCACACGCGAGCGCGCACACGGAGGCCUGUGUGUGCGCGUUUUAAUGUAAUGCAAUGACCUGCUAGAAAAAUUAAUAUACGGAUGUGCGUCCUGCUGAACAAGCUGUGUGUGUGUUUUGAAAAAUAAAAAAAAGAUGUACUGUAUAUUAUGUGUUUGUAAAGAAGAAGAAGAAGAAAAAAAAAUGCAGAAUCCCAAAAUUAAAUUGUUUUAUAUUCUUACGGUUAAAACAAUUAAAGAUAUUUAUAUAAUGAACGAAAA